GUGAACACCUUACAAUCAUUGCGGACGAACAUCAUGCCGUGGCCGGGAUAGAUUGGCCCAGAACAGAAAUAACACUUUUCGAUACGCAUAUUGAACCCGCAUGCGAACACACAACCAAACGCCGAGUUUGAGGGAAGUGACGUAGCUCCCCUCUACUUUCAUCUCCUAGUUCCUGUGUCUCGAGUUGUACCACCUUUAGCCACCUGAAAGGGUAGCUUCUUCCACUAUAAGACUCUCAAUGAAAGAACAUGAGCUAUGUGAACACUCCAAGCAGAAAUUUGCGUCGAAGUGGCAUUAAGAAAAAGCGUGAGGGGAGAACUUGACAGUUGCCUCUUAACAGACUGAGACCAGGCUCCAACCUAAUAUAAUUGAAAAAUAAAUUUCUUGGAUAGCAAAAUUAAAUAUUACCUAAAGAGUUGGUGGAGCUCCAUUUAAAGUUGAUGAGGAAGAUUGGCAAAUCUGUUACAGCAGACAGAUGGGAAAAAUAUUUGAUCAAGAUAUGCCAAGAGUUUAAUAGUACCUGGGCAUGGGAGAUGGAGAAGAAGGGCUAUCUUGAAAUGAGUGUUGAAUGCAAACUGGCACUCUUAAAGUACCUCUGCGAGUGUCAGUUUGAUGACAAUCUCAAGUUCAAGAAUAUUAUUAAUGAGGAAGAUGCCGAUACCAUGCGUCUCCAGCCAAUUGGCCGAGACAAAGAUGGCCUCAUGUACUGGUAUCAGAUAGAUCAAGAUCACAAUGUCAGGAUGUACAUAGAAGAACAAGAUGAUCAAGAUGGCUCUUCAUGGAAAUGCAUUGUCAGAAAUCGAAAUGAGUUGGCUGAGACUCUUGCGCUCCUGAAAGCACAAAUUGAUCCUGGACUAUUGAAAAACUCUAGCCAACAGGACAUCUCUUCCCGGGAAAGCCCCAGCUUAGAUGAUGAGGAGACUAAAAAAGAGGAAGAAACACCUAAACAAGAGGAACAAAAGGAAAAUGAAAAGAUGAAAGUUGAAGAGCAGCCAGUAGAUUCAGAAAAUCUUUCUACGCCCAAUAUUCUAGAAGAGACUACUGUGAAAACAGAAAAAGAAGAUGAAAAGGAACUUGUGAAACUGCCAGUGACAGUGAAACUAGAAAAACCUUUGCCAGAAUGUGAGGGAAAGAAGAUCAUCAAAGAAGAAAGUGAUUCCUUCAAGGAAAAUGUCAAACCCGUUAAGGUUGAAGUGAAGGAAUGUAGAGUAGACCCUAAGGAUAUCAAAAGCAACAUAGAGAAGUUUGUGGCACAGGAGCCUGAGAGGCUGGAAUUUGGUGGCAAUGUCAAGUCUUCUCAAGAAAUUACUGAAAAAUCUACUGAAGAAACCGAGAAACUUAAAAAUGACCAGCAAGCUAAGAUACCACUAAAAAAGCGAGAAAUUAAACUGAGUGAUGAUUUUGACAGUCCACUCAAAGGGCCUUUGUGUAAAUCAAUUACUCCAACGAAAGAGUUUUUGAAAGAUGAAAUAAAACAAGAAGAAGAGUCUUGUAAAAGGAUCUCUACAAUCACUACUUUGGGCCUUGAAGGGAAACAACUAGUAAAUGGAGAAGUUGGUGAUGAAAAAGUAACUCCAAAUUUUAAGACAGAACAAAUAGAGACAAGAUUUUAUGAUACAAAGGAAUACAGCUGUAGCCCCUCUAAGGGAAAAAAUGGCAUCAUGGAAGGAAAUGGAGCAGAGUCCUUAAAUUCUGUCAUAACAAGUAUAAAAAUAGGUGAGCAUGAAAAGGAAGUGGUCCCUGUAGAGAAAGAGAGAGAUAGUUCAGUCUCAGUCACAGAGACCCAAAGUAAGAAAGGGCAGAAAGAGGAAUCUGAUCCUUCAGAAAUGGAAACCUCUGUGGAGACUUCUGAGAUGGCAAAACACCUCUGUUUAAAAACGGCUUUAGCUACCACCGAAUCCUGUACCAUAAAAGCUGAAGAGAAGUCUCCCAAAUGUAAGAAGGAUAAGCGCCCACCACUCUUAGAAUGUCUUGAAAAGUUAGAGAAGUCGAAAAAGACUUUCCUUGAAAAGGACACACAAAGAUUGAGUCCAAUACCAGAAGAACUUCCAAAGAAUACUCUAGAAUCGGAAAAGCCAGGCUCUCCCAAGGCAGCAGAAACUUCACCGUUUAAUAUGACUAGUUUCUGUGAGAAACUAGCCUCAGAAAAAGGAAUGGUAGAGUAUCAGAGCACAAGUUCUACUGAAGAUCAGUUCCUGGAAAAAAGAGAUUCAGAAAUUCUAAAAGAGGAUGCUGAGUCCAUGCAAAUGGAAAUGGAUAAUCUGGAUAAUGCCCACUCCUCUGGCAUAGAUGAUCUUUCUGAGACAAAGGACUCUAUGCAGAAAAGCAAAUUUAAAUAUAAGUUGAUUCCUGAAGAAGAAAGCACUGCCUCAGAAAAUGCAGAGAUAACCUCUGAAAGGCAGAAAGAGGGUAUCAAAUUAACAAUUAGGAUAUCCAGUCGGAAGAAGCAGCCAGAUUCUCCAUCAAAAAUAGCAGAACCAGAAACAAAGCAAGAGAAGACUGAGAAGGAAGAAGAGAAAGCAAAUGUGGGUCGAACUUUAAGAAGAUCCCCAAGAAUAUCUAGACCCACAGCGAAAGUGGCUGAGAUCAGAGAUCAGAAAGCUGAGAAAAAAAGAGGGGAAGCAGAAGAUGAAGUGGAAGAAGAGUCAGCAGCUUUGCAAAAAACAGACAAAAAAGAAAAUUUGAAAAAACCAGAAAAGGAUACAAAUUCUAAAGUAAGCAAGGUAAAAUCCAAAGGCAAAGUUCGAUGGACUGGUUCUAGAACACGUGGCAGGUGGAAAUACUCCAGCAAUGAUGAAAGUGAAGGGUCUGACAGUGAGAAAUCAUCUGCAGUUUCAGAAGAGGAAGAAGAAAAGGAAAGUGAAGAGGCCAUCCCAGCAGAUGAUGAUGAACCAUGCAAAAAAUGUGGCCUUCCAAACCAUCCUGAACUAAUUCUUCUGUGUGACUCUUGUGACAGUGGAUACCACACUGCCUGCCUCCGUCCUCCUCUGAUGAUCAUCCCUGAUGGAGAAUGGUUUUGCCCCCCUUGCCAACAUAAACUGCUAUGUGAGAAAUUAGAAGAACAGUUGCAGGAUUUGGAUGUUGCCUUAAAGAAGAAGGAACGUGCUGAACGAAGGAAAGAACGCUUGGUGUAUGUGGGUAUCAGUAUUGAAAACAUCAUUCCUCCACAAGAGCCAGAUUUUUCUGAAGAUCAAGAAGAAAGGAAAAAAGAUUCAAAAAAAUCCAAAGCAAACUUGCUUGAAAGGAGGUCAACGAGAACACGAAAAUGUAUAAGUUAUAGAUUUGAUGAGUUUGAUGAAGCAAUUGAUGAAGCUAUAGAAGACGAUAUCAAAGAGGCUGAUGGAGGAGGAGUUGGCCGAGGAAAAGAUAUCUCCACCAUCACAGGUCACCGUGGGAAAGACAUCUCUACUAUUUUGGAUGAAGAAAGAAAAGAAAAUAAACGACCCCAGAGGGCUGCUGCUGCUCGGCGGAAGAAACGCCGGCGACUAAACGAUCUGGACAGUGACAGCAACUUAGAUGAAGAAGAGAGUGAGGAUGAAUUCAAGAUCAGUGAUGGAUCUCAAGAUGAGUUUGUUGUAUCUGAUGAAAACCUAGAUGAAAGUGAAGAAGAUCCACCAUCUAAUGAUGACAGCGACACUGAUUUCUAUAGCCGUAGAUUGAGGCGACACCCCUCCCGGCCAAUGAGGCAAAGCAGGCGUUUGCGGAGAAAGACCCCAAAGAAAAAGUACUCUGAUGAUGAUGAAGAGGAAGAAUCUGAGGAGAAUAGUAGAGAUUCAGAAAGUGACAUUAGCGAUGAUUUUAGUGAUGAUUUUGUAGAAACUCGGCGAAGGCGGUCAAGGAGGAACCAAAAAAGGCAAAUUAACUACAAAGAAGAUUCAGAAAGUGAUGGUUCCCAGAAGAGUUUACGACGUGGUAAAGAAAUAAGGCGAGUUCACAAGCGCAGGCUUUCCAGCUCAGAGAGUGAAGAGAGCUAUAUGUCCAAGAACUCUGAAGAUGAUGAGGUAGCAAAAGAAUCAAAGCGGUCAGUUCAAAAGCGGAGCCGAAGCACAGAUGACUACUCAGAAGCAGAUGAGGAGGAAGAAGGUAAACCAUCUCGGAAAAGGCUACACCGGAUUGAGACGGAUGAGGAGGAGAACUGUGACAAUGCUCAUGGAAAUGCAGAUCAGCCUGUCCAUGGGAGCCAGCACAGGGCCAUGCCCUCAGAACAAGAGAGCACCAAGAAACCCUACCGGAUAGAAAGUGAUGAGGAAGAGGACUUUGAAAAUGUAGGCAAAGUGGGGAGCCCAUUGGACUAUAGCUUAGUGGACUUACCUUCCACCAAUGGACAGAGUCCUGGCAAAGCCAUUGAGAACUUGAUUGGCAAACCAAGUGAAAAGCCUCAGACCUCCAAAGACAACAGCAUAGCCAGUGUAAGCCUGGCUCCCAAUGGGACAAGUGGUGGGCAGGAGGCAGGGGCACCGGAAGAGGAGGAAGAUGAGCUUUUGAGAGUGACUGACCUUGUUGAUUAUGUCUGUAACAGUGAACAGUUAUAAGACUUUUUUUCCAUUUUUGUGCUAAUUUAUUCCACGGUAGCUCUCACACCAGCGGGCCAGUUAUUAAAAGCUGUUUUAUUUUUCCUAGAAAACUCCACUACAGAAUGACUUUUUAGAGGAAAAUUUCAACAAACCUGGAAGUCUUUCUGUGAAGUAACCAGUUUUGAACUUUGAAGACAAAUAAUUGCUGUAAAUUCCUUUUGAUUUUCUUUUUCCAAGUUCAUGGUCCUUGGAAAUUUCAUUCAUGGAAAAAAAAAUAUCUUAUUAUAAUAACAACAAAAGAUUUGUAUAUUUUUGACUUUAUAUUUCCUGAGCUCUCCUGACUGUGGCAAAGGGUGGAUAAGAAUGCAUUCCAAAUCUGUGAGGGCCCAAAAUAGAAUUUAGGGUGGGAGAAAGCACUUGUGCUUUAGCUUUUUCAUAUUAAAUAUAUAUUAUAUUUAAACAUUCAUGGCAUAGAUGAUCAUUAACAGACUGUUUUAAAAAGUCCAAGUCUGUAUUGUUGCAGUUUGUGAAUUGUAGAUAACAUCAUACAUAAAUCAUUUAGUAACAGCCUUCAUGAAUUCAAUCUGUUUACUAUUGGAGAUAACCACACUUAAUAAAGAAGAGACUGAGAAAGUACCAUCAUAAAGAACUCUAACCUAAGUUUCUGUUGUAGCAGAGUUUCUUGUUUUGUUGUGUUGUUUUUAAUCAUCUGAAAAGUUUUUGUACAGUAAAAUGUAUAAUGAAGCUUGACAACCAGAUUGUGCUAGCAACAGAUUUUUAAAAACAGUUUUAUGCAGUGGUAAUGAGGUGGCCUCUAUUGUACUAUGUCUGGUGGAGAUUUAAUAGUCAAAUAAUUGUGGUCUUUCUUAAGGCCCAAGUGGACAAUAAGCUUUGCAGAUAGUAUAUAACUCUUGUCUUCUGGCCACUUGAUGUUUAAAUAUCUGGAAUAUCAUCUUGAAAGAAAUACAUCUACACAUAACAUACAUGAAGAGAUGCUAAGCUGACAAUGGUAUUUUAGCACAUUUGAAGACAGGGAAGGGAUUUUCAGGUGAAUUUUAACUGGUCUGUUCUUGCCUUUAGUAUCUACUUCAAAUUGAAGUCUACAAAAAAAAGCAGUUCCUUUGGGAGGUUUUUAGUUUUGAGUUUUAGUGCACGUGUGUGUGUGUGUGUGUGUGUGUGUGUGUGUGUGUGUUGAAAUUUCCUAUCUGCCUGGAUGUAUUAGCAGAUUGUGAAUGCAGUUUUGGCCUUUGGCCAUUAGACUUCUAUUAAAAUUCAUCAAUAUUCACAUGACCGACAUAGAGUUAAAUGAGAACCACCAAUAUACUUAAAUGAAUAGACAUGACAUCUAUAUCAAACACCUUAACAAGUUAAAGAAAGAUAAGCCCUUUGUUUAAGAAAAAGAGGACUUUUAACUAACUGAAUAUCUUAUAAAUAAUUGACACUAAAACAAACUUUUUUUAAGUUAGUUUCUGUUAGAGCUAUAAAAUUUCAGGCAGAACGGUAACAUUGUACAAAGUAUAGCACUUGUGAUUAAACAUUACCUGUCAGAUUUUGAAACCUUCAACCAUUACUUCUGUGAAAACUUUUGCCCUGGGAUUUGGGUUUUUCUAUUCUUGUGCUGUGUCUAUUGCCGGCACUGGACACAACAUAUCUGCUGCUGGCCCAAGAAACUUUGUUGAUUUUUCUUCCCAAAUUAAGCAUUAUAUGUGAUAGUGUAUAGUAAGGCACUUCUCUUUUUUAUUAUUAAAGAGCUGGCAUUAGACUUGCAUUAUAAAUACCUCUCUAGAAACCUUAUACUCCUUUUCCUUCCUUAAUAGGUGUUGCCUCUUAAAUCUUUUGGCCUUGGAAGAUUAUAGCUUUUGUUUUUCAGUUGAUGUUGGUUCUUUUGUUUGCUUUGUUUCACUUUAGUUCUGUAGUAUCUGCCCUUUAAUACUUUUGCUUUGAUUCUAGCAAUGUAUAUGUAUCUGUACAAAAAAAUAAAAUAAUGAAAGCAGCCUAAAAAUAGGAUGCACCAAUAGCAUGUGGUUCCAAACAAGUUGUGAUUUUUAUUUUGAAACAAUGUUCCAUUGGAGGGAGGGAAGGGCUUAUAUUCACACAGACAGGAAAACUGAGCUAUAUAAGGAACCACAUUUCCUACAAAACCUUUACCCUUGUUUCAUUUAUUUGAAAGUCAGUUAAGAACUUUAACCUUUUUAGCUAUCUAAAGCAGGAAGCAGUAGAAGGGUUCCUGUUAGACCAAGGUAAGUGGUUAGAAUGUGCAAGUGGCCUUUCCUGCCACUCCAUCUUCCCGUACCAUUUUAGUCCUGCAGCCAGGUAAAGCCACUACAGUGUAGAGAUUCUCCCAGGUGCCCUGUCUCUACCUCAACACACCAGCUCCUGCUUUCACUAUUAGAUCUACUCCUCGGUUACAGAAGAAGUAUUAAAUAGGUAGAUUAUUAGCAGGAUGCCUGAAGUGAAAUAAGGAAUUCUUUUUAUUCUGCUCUAGAGAACUGAAAGUAAUUUUUAUCAAACUGAAGACUAUUCCAUUUAGCAAAUGUCCCACUGACUAAUGGGUUAUGAUGCCACUUUCGCUGCCUGAUAUUUACCAAAUUUUAAAAAGUGUUGGUGAACUUCAUAGCAUAUCCCUUCUAAUCUUGCAUUUUGAUUAAACCAAUUAACUACAGUUCAUCUGCCAAGAAUGUAAUCCAAGCAGCUGAUACAAAAUAUUAUGCAGAUAUAUUGAUUAUAGGAAAUUAGCUUUUGAUCAGUUCAAAAACAGUUCUGCUACAUGGUGUUUAGAUUCAGUCCUUCAAAGAGUCUAUGUUCAGUGAAAUAUUCACUCUGAAUGUGCUUUGAAGAAGUUAUAAACUCAGAAAACUUAGAAAAAAGUAAAUGUUCUGUAUCCAAAUACUUAGUACAGUCAAUAGGAACUGGAAAAGGCAUAGGAAAGCAGCAAUUCAUCUAGAGUUUAGACCAUCUUGGAGCACUAACUAUGAAGUUCAGAAAAGCUUUUGUAUCCUGGAACCCUUUAGUAUUUUAAUCUCCCUUUUUUAAAAAUAUAAGUCAAACCCCAAUAUCAAACUCCAGACAUGUAGUUUAGUAUUCAGAAUAUUUAGUGUGCAAUUUCUAUAAAAGUUUGAGAACUAGCUAAGUUUUCAGAAACCAGAAGCUUUGAAUUAAAAUGUAUGUGAAAAACUCAGACUGAAAAUACACAUUUUGGUUUUAUAGACUUGUACUGAUGAAAUAGUGUUUAGUGUAAAACCUUUUCCAUUGUUGGCACAUUUCUGCAAAAUGAUGGCAGAGGUAUUUUCAAGAAUAUAUGUGGGUUUCCAUGACAUGUCUCAUUCUAAUUGGUCAGGGUUUCAAGUUCAGAGAGUAAAUGACAAUUUCAUUUAGAACAAAUUCAUGUCUACUGAUAACCUUAUUUUUUUUUUUUUAAGUGACCUGCCAAAGUAUCAAAGACUUUAAAUGUUAAAGAAGUUGUGGAAAAAAAUAUUUCCAAACAAAUUAAUUAUAAAGGGAUAUAUUAUAUCCAUCCAGUUUUCACUUUUGGUUGAUAUAAUCCAUCCCAUAAUAAACAUUUGAGCAAAGAACAUAUAUUAAGAUAAAUGUGAACCUUGUUAUUUAGAGUUAAAAUGAUGGGAAAAUGCUAGCUAUUUUUAAGUGGGACUGAUGGAAUUCUCUUUGUCACAAGAAAUGCCUUUUCAGUUUAUGUGGGCAUAAGAGGUGUUAACCAUGUGCUAGUUUGCUCUACCAUACAAUGUAAAUAACUAUUCAGAAAAUAAAGUUUUAAACUUCAUUCUUCACCAACACAGCGGAACAGGUCCAGAUCUCAAGGCAUUGCCUCAAUUACAGAAUCCAGUUAAUUUUCAACAACUAUUCAAAGACCCAGAUCUUUUUUUUUAAUGGAAUACACACACAUAUACUUUACAAAUAAAAAUAAAUCCUUAGAAAUCAUUAUUUAACAUUAUAAAAGAAAUGGCAAAUAAUUAUAUUGCAACUGAUAGGAUAUUGUGAACAUCAAUUAUUUACAGAAAGUCGAGAGAAAAAUAGUGAAAUUACUAUUCUUGGUUUGGCAUGCUCAAAAUACAUUCCUGGUUCUCCAAAAAGCAGAGGCUGCCAAGACUGUGUAUCUGCUAUCCUCUACCUGGCCCCUGACUGUUAAACAUGAUCCAUUAUUAAAUUUUUUUUACAAUAAAACCCAUUCCUAUUUCAUCCACCAUUCCCAGUGUGUACCUGGGUGAAUCUUAAUCUUGGAAGUGGCAAGUUAACUGCUGAUUUUCUUUGUUUUUAUACUAAUCCUAAAGACACCCAAAAUGCUAUCAUAGUUUUUAACUGGGUUACUGCAUUAUGUAUACCCUUAAUUUGUUUCAAUAUACUUCACUCCAACUUGAAUUAUCGUUUAACAUUUUUUUGAGUGCCAGGAAUUGCUAAGUAACUAUGAAAUACAUAUUGAAGAGUCAUUCCCCAGCAGGCAGAUAAGCCAAAAUAUAGUGACUUCAUAUUUUCACACUCAAAACGUUUUAUUCAUACAAACCUCAGAAAUUGAUUAGAACUAAUAGGAUCCCUUUAGUGGAUUUUUCCCUCAUUUUGGUCAUGUAAGCUCAAUUUUUUUUUUUUUUAAUUGUAUAUUCAUACCACUUAAUUUGGGGAAAUGCUGUAAACCAAUUCUGGCACUUGUAGUGACUUCAGUUAAUGAAGGUGUUAUUUCAUUUUAAUAACUUUUAAGGUAUGCCUAUCCUAUAUGAGAGGGCAUAACAAAUUAUUAGGUGAGUAGAAAUCUAUUAAGCAUCUGAGACAUUUUGAACAAGAAAAACAGAUACAUUUUUAAAGAAACUACACUUGUAUUUUUUGCCAAACCGGUGUAAGUGGAAAACGCACUAAGGACUGAUUAAAUCUGCCUUGUUCUUUUUGCCACUGGAUGAUGUAAGUUGAGAAUGGAAUUGUUAACUCUAAUUAUAUAUUUUCUUGACUUUCAUCACUUUCUAAAAAUAUAUAAUUUAAGUGUUUAGGGGUUUUGUUUGAUCUGUAUUUAUUGAGUUCUGGUUAUGCACCAGGAGCUACAUGUCACACUUAUGGACAGCCAGACCACAGUCAUCGGGGAACUUAAUGGCUCAAGACCUGAAUCGUUUAACUUAUUUUGUAUGUUGAAAAAAAAAAAAAAAAAGUUUAUUUUGCUUGAGAGUCACAUUUUUUUAUAACUGUACAGCUUUUAAGGGAUGGGAGGUGGGAAAAUACCCUGAAAUAGGAUGUAGAUUUUUACAAUUGUGUUUAUGCUAGAACAUCUACAGGUACAUUAUGUAAUUAAACCUAAAAUUAUUUAAAAUUUUGUGCCAAGGUCUUUUUCAUUCUCUUAGCUUUUAGCAGAGUUUAUGCAUGUCAAUACCGCUAUAUGGACAAGCCUUGAAAUUAGGCUAACAACCCCUGUCCCCAAUGCUUGGAGAUCACUGCAUGAAAAUUGUAUGUGUAUAUAUGUAUAUGUGUGUGUGUGUAUAUAUAUACACACACACACAUACAUAUACAUAAUAUAUAUACACACAUUACACAGAUACGUACAUACAUAAACACACAGACACAGCUCUAGUUUAUAUUAGUGUAAAUGGAUUUUCAGGAUCAGAGCAGCUAUAAUAGCCCAAAUUUGGCACCGUAAACAGCAUCUUACAAUGUGUGUUUUUCGUGAUACUAACUAGGGUAUUUUCAGUGUUGGUCUGGUGUUUUGUUCUUUUAUCAAAGUAGCUUCUUGAUAAUGGUAUUUGAAUUGUAGCUUGCCCAAACCUGCCACAAAAAAAGAGUUUUGUGUACAACUUUGAAAAAUAAUGUCCUGUGCUGAUGCAGGGGAGGGAGAGGGUUAAUCUAUAAAAGAAGGAAAAGCUGAAAUUGCUCAGUUUGGUACUCUUUAUUCAGUAGACUUAAUUCCACAGGAGUAUUUGUCUGCUGGAAGCAUGGUAGGAAGGGAAAUCAGAUUCAAAUUUCAAUUUCCUCAUUUAAUAUUUUGAAAUCCUGUAGAGCUGCUGAUUCUAGCAGUCUUCUAAAUGGCACUUUUUUACCAUAAAUUAUAUUAAAGAGACAUUUGUUUAAAUGCCAGUACUUCUGCCAUUUGUUAAUUUUACUAUUCUGAUUUCUCACCUUUGUAGUACAAGAAUAUGAGGAUUAAAUUCAUCUAAGUAUGUCCUAUUUCUAUCUAAACUACCUUCAGCUGUUGUCAACUAAUGUGGGAAGUCAGUCUCUUUGCUAUCCUUACCAGUUCAGAGGUGAAGCCUGGGGAUGUGAAUUUCCAGGUGAAGAAUUCAAAUUCCAGGUAAUUUGUAGAUGGUAGGCAGCUGGGAUUCAGGGCAUGUUUUAUCGUAACACCUCAUGGAUUUUCAGACACACUUACGUGAAAUGCUUUAUUUUCCUAAGCAUAAAAAAAUAUAUUCCUGGAAUACGUUCUCAGAAUGCUUUAUUUUGUUUCUAGGAAAUGAAAGUUAAAGUGGAAGCUACAAAAUUAGCAUAAAACUUAACCUUGCAAGAUGCCAGAAUCUUAGUCUUGAGGUAAUCAGGACCAUACUGAUAGUCAAAGGGGGAAGCUGGAGUGCUCUCUGCCAUAUGCUAAUACACUGCAUGUGUGAGGGGGGAAAAGAUUUGAAAACUGGAAAUGUGGUUCCGAUAAUACAUAAAGUAAAUUUGGUGCAUUAAAAAAUAUGGGAAUUCCUGGCAACUUCAAAGCUUCAGGGGUUAACUGCAGUUUAUGAAUACCUAGUAUGUUAGAAUUGCAAUGCACAGUUUUUUAAAUACAAUAUUCCUUGUGAGUGAAAAACAAAAAUAUGUUGCAGCUGGUGCCAAUAUUUUUGUUAAUGAAAUGUUCAAUGUUGUCUCACUAUAGUCUGAUCAGAACUCUUGGUGUUAUAAGCCAGGCCUAAUGCCAUUUUAUAGCUAUCGGCCUUAUUAUGUAACUUUUUCUUUCAAAAUGUUUUAUUAUAAUACUGCUUCUGUCAUUUCUUUCACUUAAUAUUAUGUCAAUUGUCAUAAUAAAAAAUUUAAAUAAUUUGA